UGCGUGCGCUGUGUGCGUUCAUGUGGAAGACGCCAGGCCGCAACGGGAUCCAGAACCUGCCACUGUUAAAGCUACCCAAAUAAAUGGAAUGUAUAUAUACACUACUUUGGAAAUUAUAUUUCUACCUUCAAAAUGCUUAUAUGUGCCAUGUUCUUAUUUUGCUUCCCUGACAUUAGAUUUCUAAACGAAAUUGUAUGCGGCUUUUAUAAUAGGCAUUUUUGCAAUUCAUGACAUCUUCUGCAGCUAUUUAUAUAUGGACAGGAGGAUAUGACAUGCUGGGUAGCAUAUCUUGCUGAAUAUGACAUAGCUCAAGAUAGAUCUGCCAGCUUAUGUUCUAAUAGAUGAGAAUUAGGGAUGACUGGCUAAAUAAGGAAGCUGCCCAACCUUUUCUUAACGUCCUAGUCUAUCAAGUUGCCCGUUGUAUCUGAUGCAAUUUCUUUUCAACAGCCAAACCAGUGGUGGUGAAUGCAACGCCUGUACGGAUGUCUGUUCCAAUUAUUCCAGCAACGCAGACAGUCAAACAAGUGGCCCCCAAACCAAUGAACACAACUUCGCAGAUAGUUACCACAAGCCAGCCACAACAGAGACUCAUUAUGCCUGCCACACCACUGCCACAAAUCCAACCCAACCUCACCAAUCUUCCCCCUGGCACUGUCCUGGCCCCUGCCCAUGGCACAGGAAACGUGGGAUAUGCGUUUCUCCCUGCUCAGUAUGUCACACAGCGAGCAGCACUAGUCUUAGUGGGACAUCAAGUAUCCAGACUCAAGCCCGACUUCCAUUCAAUGGAAUAAUCUCGUCUGAAUCUGCAAAUCGUCCAAGGAAGCCCUGCAAUUGUACAAAAUCACUGUGUCUUAAGCUAUACUGUGAUUGCUUUGCAAAUGGGGAGUUCUGCAACAAUUGCAACUGUACAAAUUGCUAUAACAACCUGGACCAUGAAAACGAUAGGCAAAAGGCAAUCAAGGCCUGCCUGGACAGAAAUCCUGAAGCCUUUAAACCUAAAAUAGGGAAGGGAAAGGAAGGCGAGUCGGACAGGCGACACAGCAAAGGUUGUAACUGCAAAAGAUCUGGGUGCCUCAAAAAUUAUUGCGAGUGCUAUGAGGCCAAGAUCAUGUGCUCUUCAAUUUGCAAAUGUAUUGGCUGCAAGAAUUUUGAAGAAAGCCCAGAACGGAAAACGCUGAUGCACUUGGCCGAUGCGGCUGAAGUGCGAGUCCAGCAGCAGACAGCCGCCAAGACAAAAUUGUCUUCGCAGAUUUCAGAUCUUUUAACCAGGCCGGCCCCGGUGCUGACAAGCGGAGGGGGAAGGUUGCCCUUCACGUUCGUAACAAAAGAGGUUGCUGAUGCCACAUGUGACUGUUUACUUGCACAGGCUGAACAGGCCGAGAAAGCAGGAAAAUCAAAAGCAGUAGCGGAACGGAUGAUUCUAGAGGAAUUUGGACGUUGUCUAAUGAGAAUCAUUAACUCGGCAGGAAAGUCCAAAAGUGAUCCUUGUGCCAUGAACUGCUGAUUCUUAAAAAAAAACGGGCUUUGCUCAGACUGGGACACUAAAAGGCACACGGACACUUUCCUGGCUCACGGCAGCAUUCUUUGUUUGUUCCCCGGUGCUGUGAAGUUUCCAUGGUGUAUGUUAAUAUAGGAACUUUGCAACAAGCUUUUACCCUUUUAACUUAACUUUCUUUUGCUUCACAGAUACAGGAUGCAUUUUAUUCCCAACCUCUAAACAACAUGGGACAGCAAGUGCAAAGUUUAGAUGGUUUCCUUCCCUUCGUACUUUUUAGAAAGGGUAUUCUAGAAGCAAUUCUUUAAAUUAUUAUUAUCAUUUGCAAUUGAUACGGUUGACCUUUGUAUUUAGAAGAAGAAAGAAACUAGUCGGUCUAUCAAGAGUAAAUCAGUUUUUGUGCAAAACUAAUUGAAAUGCCUGGAUAUUCUUAUAAGAACAAUAUACUGGAUAGAUUUUUUCCCCAGCCCAUUCAAUCAGCGUCACAGCACAGAUUAUAUUUGCAAAAAUAUAGGCAGCGGUACAUCUGUGGAUGAGUUAAUGCUGACUGGAAAUUAUUAAAAAAUAAAUAUUUGCUGAAGAACAGCUUUAUAAAAAUGCAAAUUUAAAAGUUAUCUUGUUGACCACUAUCUAAUUUCAGUGACAGUGCCUUGUCUAUUGAUCUUAAAAUAUUAACACCCUAGCAGUGAUAGCUGCAGAUAUAUAACAUUGAUAGGAAAAAAAAUCAAGGUCAUAAUUGAUAUCUUAAUCAUUUUGGUAUGUUUUUAAAAAUGCAUCACUGUAAAAUAUAUAUUCCAAAUUUUAAUAAGACAUUUUUCAUGUCUGCUUUCAAGGGGAUCAGCAUUUUAUUUGACAAAAGUCAGUGUAAUUAGAUUUUUAACAUUUCUGCUAUAUGCCCUAUGACAAAAUCGAGAACAAACCUGUCUCUUGUUUGUUUAGAAUGUAACUAUCUGGUCAACUAUUGAAUUUCCCAGUUUCAAAUACUUCAGUAGGCUAAUUAAAAAAAAUCUUAAUUAAUUUAAUCUUAAUUUAUAUUCAUAGUGUCUAAGCUUUACUCAGACCCAACGGCAGGAAUAGGUGGAAAUAAAUUGACGAUCAUGCCCAUAUUUGUUAGUGGAAGCAAUACCGGGGAUAUUUCUAAACUAAGGAACCCUUGGUAAUAUUUCACCUUUAAUUAUAAAGGGGUGAGAUAAUAAGGUAAUCCUUAGAUUUCCCCAAAUCUGGGUUACUUCCCAAACUCUGGACUUCAGUUCACAAAACUCCCCAUCCCUGAGGAUUCCAGAAGCCCAUUAUGUCUGGAAGUGCUAAAAUUGUGUAAAAUGGCCGAUGUUCUUAUGACACUGUCUGAGUUUCCAGAAGAAGCCAUUUUCUGGGGCCUUUUGUGUUUCUCAAAUCUUUUUUUGCCUCCAUUCCAGAUGACGCCUAGUGAAAUUGCUUUUGGAAAGGUAUAUUUUAAUGGAAAGGGAAGAAGUCAGUACGUUGUUUAAUAUGGUCUUCACCAUCCAUUGUCAGUGAAUUGCUUAGACGUAGCUCAUUUAACUGCCUUUAUAAGAACUGUGUGAGUUUUGUUUUAAAUGGCGCAUGGCGCAGUGUGGAGGGUGCAUCUUUUGAAGGCUGAGAUGUCUUUUUUUUAAAAAAAAAAAACUGUACGAUUGUCAUUUACAGAGUUCAGUAAAAUGAACAAGUUGGCCACUCUGCAACUCCCUUAUGUCCUUCAGCUUUCAUGCAUCAACUUCUGUCUGUCAGGUUAUGGUUGAAGUGUAUAAGAUAGUUGAAGUGGAUAAGACAGUGGAAGUCUAUAGAGCCAUAUCUGCUUCUGCAGAAAAUUAGAUCCGUCGUAUGAAAAUUCACAUUUCAACUGAAGAGGGAGGAGAAAGAUAUUACUGAGGUGUUGAAACUUUUUUUUCUUCAGCCAAGAGCCACCAUUAGUCCCAGUAAGUAUUCAGCCGAGAUGUUCUUUUAGCAGUGUUCAAACCAAUUUAAAGCUGUGCGUUCUUUUCAUUAUUCGAUUGGCUUAGUUUAUAUUUUAAAAGUAUAUUUUAGAAGCAUAGUCUUAGGACAAAAACCUAUAAGAUUUCCUUGGGAAAGAGAGAAAAGAGUGGAAUAAAAUUAUUUGGAUGGAACUGCUUAGGGGGGAGAGAACCGUUGCGAUAAAAACUAUUAAAAUGCGAAACACGAGCGCAUGGUUUUGUAGUGAAGAACUUGUUCAAUGAGUUUAUGAAUAUCUAAGUUCCAUGUUUGAAUUAGUGAGCACCUGCUAGAUAAUGUAGCCUGCUCUGUAAUUAUAGUGCUGCAAUUUCCCCCCCUCAAAAUGGAUGUUUUCUCCAUAUAAUUGUGGGUGGGUGUGUAUAGAUAUAUGUACACUCACAAACACAUGUUCUAUUGUCUUGCAAUAUGUAUGUACAUAGCAUACUUGCUUAAGUUACACACAACCCUGAAAGGGAAGCUGUUUAUUUCAAUAUAAUUCUUUUACUAAUAGAAUUAUUUUUGGCCGGGCAAGAGUUUGUUAAUUUUCUGAAUAGAUGAAGACUUGCCUUUUUACUAAAUUUCAUAAAUCUCCGUACAAGAAGAUUUGUAUAAAUGUAAACUAGUGUAAGUGGGUAAAAUCUUGAUCAAGUUAUUUUUCAAACAUGUGUUGCUUUGUCUAGAAUUACAUUUGUUUUAUGUUGUACAUAUUCUGUGUCUUAUUUUAACUUGCACCUUUUUUUGUGACGUGUAUUUAUAAGUGUGCAGAAAACCUUCUGUGAAGUUUGGAUUCUGGUUGUAGAUUAUGUAUAAUGGAAUUGUGUGUAAAAGAUUUGAAGAAGGUGCAAUCAAAGGAAUCUAGUUUUUUUUUUGUCUCAUAAAACAAGCUGUCUCUUCUACAUAGCUUGGAUCUUCUCCCCUUUUGAGUUUUUCUUGAUUGUUUGCAUGAAAGUGCUCACAGGUUAGUAAAACAAACCAAGAUCUUGAUAGCAGCUUAUCAAAAUUAUGCCUGCAUUGUGAUCCUCUGUCAGCUGAGAUUCUGCAGUGUUUCUUUCAAAGCCCCUAUAACAAUAAUUAGGAGCUGCUUAGCCAGAAUGCUUUUAUAUUGCAUCCCCUUAUUAGAAGAUUUUGAGAUGGGGAGGGUAUUUGGGGAAAUUUUCUAGUUAUGGUUUACAUCCAAAAAUAGAUAAAAUUUAUAUUACUAGACCUAUUAAAAGAAUACACUUUUCUAUAUUGUAAAAAAAUGUCAGAUAAAGAAAAAAUAAAAUGUUUAUACUAUUAUGUACAAAUUGACAAAUGUGUUUUUCUUUGCUAAUGUCUGUAAUAUGAAGAAAUUACAGUGGUACCUCAGUACUUGUACUUCAUUGGUUCUGUGAGGCACACAGAGUUCUCAAAAAGAUGAGUAGUAAAGAAACCAUGUGAUUUCCCACGUGACCCUUUGUUUCGCCUGGAAGGACUUUCUAUUUGUCCCUUUUCCUAUGUCAGCAACC